GCAAACUGACGUCUUCAACAGCGAAGAAACGGAUUCUUCAAGCCUCUCAUCUAUUAGUAUUCUUGCUGUUGUUGGUCUUCUGAGAAUCCUGGAUAGAAAAGCGAGCAUCCACCAUACCAGCUAUCUGCCUCGAAGCUCUAAGCAUUGUGUGCAUGUUAGAAAUGAGUUCCAUACGCACCAAGCAAGAUAAGAGAAAGUUGUUUGAAAAUGCGACGAUGCUAAUAUCAGAUAAUGAAAACGUCCAGCUUGCAUCUGACGAGGUAACGGGAGAAAACGAUUUCAAAUAUGAACGAUCACCAAACGUUUGCGCGGUUGUAGUCGAUGAGGGCAGUGGAUUUGGAUACGCCCAGAUUACUGGUGGUGGCAAGGAUCCAACAAUCAUCUAUAUCGGUCGCGGGACUACUGGAUAUAAAUGGGCAGAAAUCUCGGUCGGUCAGUCGUGUAUGCUUUACGGAUGCCCUACUGUCCUAUACGUUCGCCCUCGGUCCUAGAUCUAUCGCGAUAGUAUCCUUUCGCUCGUCUUAUCUAUAGCGAACCUUAUAAGAUCUUGGCACAUCUCCGAAGAUAUUUCGAUCGCUGGCAUCUCGUCUAUACUGUCUGGUAUUCGGGUGGCCAACCGUGGUAACUCUGAAUAUUGACUAAGGAAGUCGAUAAGAUCGGUAUGCUGUAACCGUGCGUGAUAGGCUGGCGGGUCUUCAUAUAAUCAGUUUAGUUUAGUUGCCAAGAGGGAGGAUGCAAAUCUUUUAUUCACAUACUUAAAGGGAGAUGUAGC